UUUCCAUGGAGUAAUUAAGGCCUGCCUCAGAGUGAGAGAGCACUCCCUGCCCAGCUGUGCAAAGGAGAGCUGAGAGCACCACCACCACCAAGCAUGAAGCUCCUGGACAUUGCCUUCUUUUUCCUAGCUGUACUCUGUGUUUGUAUUGUGGGAGAAAAUGAGAAUUCAACCAGUACUGUCAGAACAUCUGUUUCUGCGACAACAUCAAAAUUGGUAACGGAAGCUGGGAAAGCAUCAACUUCACAAGCAACAUCAUUGCAACAACAAGUGUCAGUGCUGACAACAGCUGCAGUCAGACCUACACCUGAAUCCAUCAUAACUAGUGUCACGCCUUCUUCACAUAGUACUACACAACAAAUAACACAAGGUACAACAACGCAAUCAUCAGUAAAAGAGACCACCACAGCAGCAUCUAAAAGUGGCAGCACAACAAAUACUACACAAGAAAGUGGAACACAUCUGGCACCAAAUGGGAGUUUGGAUGCUUCAUCUACUAUGGGAUGGUCUUUGUCUUCUACAACUUCCCUACAAAAACCCACCUCUGCUCAUGGAACCCCAGACUUUCACAUGAGCUCCCUGACAGAAUCAACAAAUCUAGGAUCUGGCAGUCCUGAAAGCAGUUCUGGAGACAAGAAAGUGUCAGAGGGUGCUAUCCACUAUUCCAGCUUUAUCUUGCCAAUAGUCAUCACUUUGAUAGUCAUUACCCUUUCUGUCUUCUCACUGGUGGCUUUGUACAGAAUGUGCCAGAAGAAAACGCCAGAGACACAAGAGAACGGCGCUGAACAGGCACAAUCAGACAAAGAAGGAGUCAAGCUUCUUUCUGUGAAGACAACUUCUCCUGACACUGGAGAGCACUCAUCUCAGGGGAAGAAUAAAACUCGGCAACUCUUCACACCUCAGCAAUAAAUACGUGUGAAGCAACCAGUUUUAUCUCAAUAUGCAGGAAGAUUCUACCAAAGUUGCAGUUCCACAGGAAAUGUGGAGCAGCAGAAGCUUUUUACCUGGCAGGACACUUGUGUUAAUGACCAGCUCUUGACUUAUAAAUCUCAGGUGUCUCCUGUCCCUUCUGAAAUGACUCAUAAUGUUUUGAUGGCUUAAUAACUAUAUCAUAUGUAUUUAUUAUUUUCACAUAUAGUAAAAGCAGGAAAACUUUCAAGAAGGUUAAAGAGAAUGUAAAAAUCAGGUGGUAUUUGCAUAGUAGUUACUAAAAACACUUUCUGCCCGUACAGGAGGGAAUAUGUCAGCAUAGUUUGUUGAACUGAAGGUGGAUAGGGUUUUCUUUUAAUUGUAUGUAGCAAAACACAAACAGGGCCUAACCCCUGAAACAGUACUGGGCAAAUUGCCACUCUGAAAAUUAAUGCAGUGAUUUCCUUGAGGCUCCUCACUGUAGCACACACUUUGCUUGUCAUAAAUGUUUACAGGAUGGGAUGCCUGGGUGAAAUGCUGGGGUGUGUACUGUUUUCUGUGAAGGGAGGAAUAUACCUUGCACUGAGGCUCUUUAAAGUUCUGUAAAUUACUGAGUAUGGUCCUUGUAAUGCAGCAGGCAACAUAGUUUAUUUUCACCUGUUCCUUGGCUAAUUGCAUUAUAUGGGCUAUAAAUAUGUAUCCUAUAAUAGCCUGGGGAGCACAGGGCAGGCCAGCAAGAUAAGCAAUUUUACAGAUUAACCUUCUUUCCUCUGUUCUGAGUAAUGCAUGGGAUUCCUGUGGGUUAUUGGAGAACUCUAGAAGCUUAAAGAGUGUUUCAAGUGCAAAUUACAGAGUCUCUUAAUUUGUACAGACCUGGCAAUUCAAAAAUAUCAUGUAGUGCUUCCACCUGCAUGUAUCCUACUUUUCUAGAACUAUAAAUGUUUGAAAAUGGUAUUACUCUGCUCAGUCUCAAUCCACUGACUCUGGUAGCAUGCCAAGAACCUCCAUUGUUUUAUUGGCAAAAGGGAAGAAGACAACUGGUGGUGCAAGUGCAGGGCCAAGAGCCAAGAUGAUCAUCCAGGUUUUGAGACCUGUUGAUACCAUGUUUUUGAGGAACUUCUUUCUCCACUUUCCCUCCCUGAAAUAAUAAAACGUACUGAGCAGUAUGGUAAGAGAUUGAACCGAUUAGUUAGUUCAUGCUUAUACACAAAGCUAAGAAGGGUUAAUUUCCCUGUGCUUGACUGUUACUCUUAUUUCUUAGAGGCAUCAAGAGAAACUUUCGAUGAAGCUCUGUAAAAAAUAGGGAACCAAUAAGUGUCCUCUGUGCUGCAGCUGAACUUAGAUGGUUCACUCAGGUAUUCCAGGAUCACUUGGGUUGCUCAGGAGCAGAGGAGUCUUGGAUGCUAACUUCAAAAAUGUCAGGCAUCAUACAGUAGUGGGUAUCUGCAAGUAUUAGAUUCCUGAUUGCCAAAGAAUCCUAUGAAUAAAGCAAUCAUUGCAGAUUUCCAUGUGGUUAAAAAAAAAAAAAAGAGUGUUUUGUAGCAUGUUGCAUCAUACCAAAAGGACAGUAGAAAAAAGUAGAGAAAUAUUGUGAAAUAUAUAUAGUGCUAAAUUUGUUCAGAAACUACCAUAUUGUGUCAAGAAAAAAAAUUAACUGCCUAUUAAAAGUUAUUCUCUUUAUUAA